AUGAUCGAACCAGAUAGCCCUGCCGCCAAAACCCGUUCCCACAAGCGGUCCCGUCAGACCGAAGGCAAUAGGCCUUCUGUGUCUGUCGGUACUGACUCAGAGUCACAGCUAAAGGAUACAGGGCAUUUGAAUAAGAAGAGCAAGCUAGCACAUAGCACCACGUUGGCCAUCAAGGAGCAAGGCGUUUCUACUCGAAGAGCGCUUGCUGAAGACAGCAAAGAAGAGCGAAGCAUACGAGCCGGCAUUUCAAGCAUCAAAGGCGAUAUACGAUCCAAGGCGGUACCUCUCAAAAGUGCUAAGGCUAUGAUUCACCAAAAUCACCUCAAGGCCCAAGAAGCGCACAAAAAUGGGCAAUCAGCGGCCACUGGUGGCCUACCAGAGCUAUUUCCGGCAAUGUCACCUUCGGCCCCUCGCGAAGCAUAUCAAAUCCCAGCCUCAAUCGCCAAGCAUCUCAUGACGCCGAAUCUUCAGAACAGCAGCGUCGUCGACGCGGUCUCGGGUUGGAAGUCGAGGAACCGUGCUCAUGCGGUCCGUUACCAGCGCAGACUCUGGCGUCUGACUCAAGAAGCGGUCAAAGCACGUCAGCUCACGAAUGAGGAGUGGGAAGGCGAGGCCGUUGAGGAGUCGAGUUUACCUGUGGCGGUGGUGCACAGCAGUGUUUUCACCAGAAGGGGAGUGCCGGUUGGGGAGAAGACGGAAGAACAGGAGUGGAAGAGGGAGAAUCGGGAGUGGAGAAGCGUUAUUGCCAGUUGA